AUGAAAUGCAAGCAAAAUUGGCGGCAUAAGAGGGAAGCAGAGAAAGAAUUGAGAGAAGAGAGAAUGGAGAGAGAGUGGAAAAGCGGCGAGAGAGUACCUGCAUUGACCAGGGGAUUGCGGAAGAGAUCGAAUUGUAGAGAGAGAAAGCGCAUGGAAGAAGGAGAGAAUAAGAGGUAA